UGCUGGCAGGAGGUGAGGCACUUCCGGUUUGUAGCUCCGUGGCCGGAUGACGUGGCUGAGCGGCCGCUGAGGAGGCGGCGGGUGUCAGAGAACUGGCAGCUUGAGUAGCAGCGGAAGGAGAAUCGAAGAGCCUCCGAGACAUAAAGCCGCUGGGUGCUCCGAGCUGCCGGGUCAGGAUGAGGCCGCUACGACUGCUGCCCUUGUUGUGCGUGUUCGUACUGGGUGUGCGGGCGGAUGAACACGAGCACACGUAUGACGAAAAAGAGGAGGUGGUUUUAUGGAUGAACACAGUGGGACCCUACCACAAUCGGCAGGAGACAUACAAAUACUUCUCCCUUCCAUUCUGUGUUGGAACAAAGAAAAGUAUUGGCCACUAUCAUGAAACAUUAGGAGAAGCUCUGCAAGGAGUUGAAUUAGAAUUUAGCGGUUUAGAUAUUAAAUUUAGAGCAGAGGAUGUCAUGCAAGCAACAUAUUGUGAAAUAGAGCUGGACAAGGCGAAGAGAGAUGCAUUUGUUUACGCAAUAAAGAAUCACUACUGGUACCAGAUGUACAUAGAUGACUUGCCAAUAUGGGGUAUUGUUGGAGAGGCUGAUGAAAAUGGAGAAGAUUACUACCUUUGGACAUAUAAGAAGCUUGAAAUUGGUUUUAAUGGAAAUCGUAUUGUAGAUGUAAAUCUCACCAGUGAAGGCAAAGUUAAGCUUGUCCCCAAUACCAAGAUUCAAAUGUCCUACUCUGUUAAAUGGAAGAAAUCUGAUGUCCGGUUUGAAGAUCGAUUUGACAAAUACCUUGACCCUUCGUUUUUUCAACACAGGAUACACUGGUUUUCGAUCUUCAAUUCUUUUAUGAUGGUUAUUUUUUUGGUGGGAUUGGUAUCAAUGAUUCUUAUGAGAACCUUAAGGAAGGAUUAUGCCCGAUACAGCAAAGAAGAGGAAAUGGAUGACAUGGAUCGAGAUCUAGGGGAUGAAUAUGGUUGGAAGCAGGUCCAUGGGGAUGUUUUCAGACCUUCCAGUCACCCUCUUAUCUUCUCAUCACUUAUCGGGUCAGGAUGUCAGAUCUUCUCAGUUUCUCUUAUUGUAAUUAUUGUAGCCAUGAUUGAAGACUUGUACACAGAGAGAGGUUCAAUGCUAAGCACAGCAAUAUUUGUUUAUGCUGCAACAUCCCCUGUCAAUGGUUACUUUGGAGGAAGUCUCUAUGCCAGACAAGGAGGUCGACGGUGGAUAAAGCAAAUGUUCAUUGGAGCUUUCCUAAUCCCAGCAAUGGUUUGUGGGACAGCAUUCUUUAUCAAUUUCAUUGCCAUCUAUUAUCAUGCUUCCAGAGCAAUCCCAUUUGGAACAAUGGUUGCUGUAUGCUGCAUUUGUUUCUUUGUGAUCCUUCCAUUGAACCUAGUGGGAACAAUACUUGGUCGAAAUUUGGCAGGACAGCCCAACUUCCCCUGUCGUGUCAAUGCAGUUCCGCGACCCAUCCCAGAGAAAAAGUGGUUCAUGGAACCAGCUGUCAUUGUAUGCCUUGGUGGAAUACUACCAUUUGGAUCCAUUUUUAUUGAAAUGUAUUUCAUAUUUACCUCUUUCUGGGCAUACAAGAUCUACUAUGUAUAUGGCUUUAUGAUGUUGGUUUUGGUCAUCCUCUGCAUUGUGACUGUUUGCGUAACUAUUGUUUGUACAUACUUCCUUCUAAAUGCCGAAGAUUACAGGUGGCAAUGGACAAGUUUUCUUUCUGCUGCCUCCACUGCAAUCUAUGUUUACAUGUACUCAUUUUACUACUACUUUUUCAAAACAAAAAUGUAUGGAUUGUUUCAGACAUCAUUUUACUUUGGAUACAUGGCAGUUUUUAGCACUGCUUUGGGAAUUAUGUGUGGAGCGAUUGGUUACAUGGGAACAAGUGCCUUUGUCCGGAAAAUUUACACUAAUGUGAAAAUUGACUGAGAGAUCCAGCGAGAACGGGAACUGUGGAUCAGUUGCUACUUUUUUCCAGGGCUGGGGGUGAAACAUGCACAUUAGUGCCAGAAGAGAUUGGGUUUUAACACUGGGUACUGUGUUGGUCUCCGUUCUGUGGAUGGCUUAAAAUGGCAUCUCUUUCAUUGAUCCUAGUUUUCUUACAGACUGCUCUUUCCAACUCCACAACAAAUGCUUGGAUUUUAUGCAGUAAGCAUUACUACAGUACAUGGCUAAUCUCCCCCUGCCCCCCCCCCCAAAAAAAUAAAUAAAGAAAAAGAAUAAAACUAGCUCAUAAAAGAUGAAUAGACUAGCUCUCUUCAGUGAAGAGGACACGCAGUUUAUUUAAAGCAUUUGUUCCAUUCAAUAAAUAAGAGGGAGUCUUGGCUGCUCAAACUAGUUGAUUAGUAGUCUUCUUGGUACCUUCUAAACACUCUGUAAGAUGGCUGUUCCAGGAAUCUUCCUUUUUCUUUCAUUUUUGUUGGCGCUUUAGAAAUGUCUGUUUAUAUUUUGCCUGUGGGUUUCCUACCAGUUUGUGGCGUGCAGUAAACCUGCCUCCAUUUUGUAUUCUCAAGGCAAGACAACAACUGAAAAGUACUGCAUGUAAAAUAACAGCUUUCAAUGUAUUUGGACCAAUUCCCCACAUAUUUAUCUCUGAAAGAAGAAAACGAAACUGCAUUUUAAGAAUCCAUCCAAAGAGGGCUGAAAACCGCUGUUCUCGGCACUGUAAUUCACUGUAUAGUAAAAUAUGUUUUUAUGGCCCAUAUGAGGUCUACAAAAGACAUUUUAACGGAAAUCUGAAAAGUAACCCCCAUCCUUUCAAUGUUUGUUUUUUCGUUUUUUGAAAUAAUUUUAUGUUUAUUUUUUUUCCAUAUUUUUUAUUUUCUCGGGGUUUCAAUGAAGGCUUUACGUAAAUAUGGGAAGAUGUGUAUAUAACAUUAAAUAAUGUAACUUAGGUUUAGAGCCCAAAUGUAUUUGGAUGUACAGGUUUAUUAAGGAGUUUUUUUCUGAUGAUUAUUUGAUGUACAAAUCUGUGGCGUCAGGUGGCUUUUCACAUCUUGCCUGCCAUUGCAUGACCUUUUUUGUUUUGUUUUUCUUUUUGUUUUCUUUUUUCCCUCCCAUUGAUAUGUGUGUCUAAAUUCUGUUCUUCUCUUACACAUAAAAGUCAAAUUUGUAAUUUAGAAACCUAUAAUUUUUUUUUUUUUUUGUUAAUCUUAUCUGGACACUUGUCUAACAUCUGAAGCACUGUGGCUUUAGAGUGUUCAGAGAACUGAAAUAAAAUUUUCAGACAAAAAAAAGUUCUGGAUGUCAUCUUUGUGAGUUUUUUUUUUUUUUUCCUCUUGAUGUCAUCUCAGCCUUGGAAAGAAAUAUCAUUACAUUUGUCCUCCAAACAAUGGUGAUUUUUCAGUACAGCACUUGAUGUUCCAGUGAACAAAAGGUGGAGUUCUUUCAAUACAGUUUGCUUUUUCUAUUUAUUCCCUCCUCUACAUUUAUUAGACAUGAUUGCACUGAUAUAUUCAACACAAUGACAAUGCAGAAAUCUUUGUUUCUCCUAUGUUUAGCUGAUUGAAAAAUGUUAAGAUGUGUCAGAUUGAGAAAUAAAAAUAAAAAUGAAGCCAGUGUAUAAUUCAA